AUGGGUGACAUUAAUAUUGAGUUCCGGCCGACAAUAGGCUAUAUUGGGGGCCGAAUGGGUCCACUGGCGGCCCUCUCGCCCCUACACCCCCUCUCAUCCAUUGCCAGUUCAUUGACAUCCCAUUUAUCGAAAACUAAUCGCCAGUCGAGUCCCAGUCAAAGCCAGAGCCAAAACUUGAAACAAAACUCGCAAACUCUGUGGAACUUAUUAACAUUUCCUCAACAAUGUUUCUACCAGAGCGAGACCUAUCCGUGCGGUCUCGGCAUCUCAUGUUGGAUGCAGGGAAAGAGACCGCUCGACCUCUGCAACGGAGGCAUCCUUUGGAGCUGUUGUAUACCCAACGAAGUGCCCCUCAACACCACCUCAUCCAAUGUCACCACAUCCGAGCCCAUCAAUGAGCCGGAAUGCGGGAAAAUAUACUUCAAUAGAGGGCCGAAAAUAGUUGGCGGAGAAAACGCCCGCUUCGGUCACAAUCCAUGGCAGGCGGCUAUUGUUAAGCAACAGUACUUUAAUCAGAAGAUCUCGUGUGGCGGGGCUUUGAUUAAGAACCGUUGGAUUGUAACGGCAGCCCAUUGUGUCUACAAAACUCCAGCUAAUAACCUGCGCGUAAGGCUCGGCGACUACAACUUGAGGGCUCAUACGGAACAGUUGGCACACGAAGAAUACGGGGUUCGCCGGAAAGUGGUUAACGAGGCAUACAAUCCGGCCACUUAUCAAAACGAUAUCGCACUUCUUGAGCUCAGCGAACAAAUCGCUUUCAGGGAACAUAUUAUUCCCAUUUGUUUGCCUCAAAAGGGUCAAAACUUUACGGGCGAGAAGGCGACGGCCACGGGUUGGGGUCGCACUCAAUACGGCAUCUCGACGUCGCCCGGAGUCCUACAGAAGGUUGACGUAGAAGUGCUCGAUUCGGAUGAGUGCCAGAAGUGGAUGAAGAGUGUCGGCCGACGGGAAAGCAUAUUCCCGAAUAUGAUGUGCGCCGGAUAUAAGGACGGGGGAAAGGACUCGUGUCAGGGAGACUCUGGCAGUCCUCUAAGUCUGAAAGAAGAGGGCAAAACAACUCUCAUUGGACUCGUGUCUUGGGGGGUUGGCUGUGCGCGCCCUAACCUUCCUGGCGUUUAUACCCGUAUAUCAGAGUUUGUCGAUUGGAUCCAAAUUCACACCUCAUCCACUGAUAAGCAAACCGAUCGCUUCACCACUAGUUCUAAACGAAAUGGUAAUAAUCAAAAAGUGAAACACAAGUCUCUGGUUGUACUGUAUUUCGUAGGAAUGAGUUACUGGUGGUUGAGGUCACGAUCGGAUCGGGAGUUGAAGCACAGGUGGAGUUUGGGAUACGAGUCGCACAAGAAUCCAUUAACGGAGCGAAUAGUGGGUGGAAACAGUUCUCAGCCGGGAGAAUGGCCCUGGCAGGUAUCAAUCAGAUUAACACAUCCUCAAGCGGGUAAAGUCGGACACUGGUGUGGAGAUUGUAAUCUACGAUAUAAUUAA